AUGGCAAAGGAAGGCGAAGUUGUUCAGUCCGACAAGAGCGCUUUCGGCAUGCCCGGAUUCGUUGUCGACUUCUUGAUGGGUGGUGUCUCCGCCGCCGUCUCGAAGACCGCCGCCGCUCCCAUCGAGCGUAUCAAGCUCCUUGUCCAGAACCAGGAUGAGAUGAUCCGUGCCGGCCGUCUCGACAGGAAGUACAACGGUAUCGCCGACUGCUUCAAGCGUACCACCGCCCAGGAGGGUGUCGUCUCCCUGUGGCGUGGUAACACCGCCAACGUCAUCCGUUACUUCCCCACCCAGGCCCUGAACUUCGCCUUCCGUGACACCUACAAGUCGAUGUUCGCCUUCAAGAAGGAGCGUGAUGGUUACGCCAAGUGGAUGAUGGGCAACCUUGCCUCUGGUGGUGCUGCCGGUGCCACUUCGCUCCUCUUCGUCUACUCCCUCGACUACGCCCGUACCCGUCUUGCCAACGAUGCCAAGUCUACCAAGGCCGGUGGUGGUGACCGCCAGUUCAACGGUCUCAUCGACGUCUACAAGAAGACCCUCGCCACCGACGGUAUUGCCGGUCUCUACCGUGGUUUCGGUCCCUCUGUCGCUGGUAUCAUCGUCUACCGUGGUCUCUACUUCGGCAUGUACGACUCGAUCAAGCCCGUCGUCCUCGUUGGUCCUCUUGAGGGUAACUUCCUUGCCUCCUUCCUUCUCGGCUGGACCGUCACCACCGGUGCCGGUAUCGCUUCCUACCCUCUUGACACCGUCCGUCGUCGUAUGAUGAUGACUUCUGGUGAGGCCGUCAAGUACAAGUCUUCCCUGGAUGCUGCCAAGCAGAUCAUUGCCAACGAGGGCUUCAAGUCCCUGUUCAAGGGUGCCGGUGCCAACAUCCUCCGUGGUGUUGCCGGCGCUGGUGUCCUGUCCAUCUACGAUCAGGUCCAGCUCAUCCUCUUCGGCAAGAAGUUCAAGGGUGGUUCCGGCUAA